AUGUCCUCCUCACCCCUUUCCAGCCCAGAACCAUCCCAGUCGCCAGCGCCUGUCAUCGAGGCAAACUCUCCUGUCAAGUCGCCAGCACCAGAGGACUCGUCGAAGAAAGACCAGCCAGCCGAGGCUGCUGACAAGUCCAACAAGCCACAAGACAAGUCUUCCUCGCCUUCUGAAGACGCCGAGGACGGCGAAGAGGAUGAAGAAGAGGAUGAAGAAGAAUCUCCAGAGGAUUCCAAUCCUGCCUCCCGCUCGACCUCAGCCCAGGCCUCGACCGCUCCCUCGGCAGGCGCAUGGCAGGCCAUCUGGUCUCCACAGUACAGCGCUUACUACUUCUACAACACAGACACCAAGGAGACAACCUGGGUGAACCCCCUCCAGCCCGAGGACUCCUCUUCCUCCACCCCUGCUUCGAACCAGCCCUCCACGAGCGGUGACGCGUCCGCGGGUCCCUCGGAGGCCGGCCCGUCUAGUUCCAACGCCGGUCCCUCCUCGUCAUCCUCAUACAACCCUGUUGCGCAGUACGCCGCCCUCCAAGCCAACGCCGUCGCAGCAGGCAUUGACCCCUCGCUCGCGCACCUCGACCCGUCUCUCGCCCUAGGGCCCAACAGCGGAGGCGCAGGUGCCAGCGGGGCCUACGUCGCCAAGUUCAACGCACGCACAGGCGCGUUCGCCAAGGCCGACGCACGCGACCCGACGCACCUGUCGGAGUUCGAGCGCGCGAAGCGCAUGUCUGAGUUCUACUUUGACGUCGGCGCGUGGGAGAAGGAUCUUGAGCAGCGGCAGAAGGAGGAGGCAGAGGAGGAAGAGAACGGGAAGAAGCGGAAGCGGCCGUCUAAGAAGGACUUGGAGCGAUACAAGGAGCAAAAGCGUGCGAAGAAGCUGGCAAAGACCGCCUGGCUGCGUACAUGACCACAUCUCUGUACUUUUACUGGUGCACCUCCACAAGCAUGCGUAUAAUCAUCAUAUUCUGACCGUCAUGUAUACCGUUCGUGAUUCCCCUGUUCAGUGACAAUGCAAACUCUUCCAUCAGAC